GGGCGGGGCCGGGCACCUGGAGCAGCCCCGGGCUGGGAGGCCGGCCGGCAGUCCGCCCCUCCAUCCCCGGAGAUGCUGCCGGGGCUGCCCUCGCUCGUGGGCUGGGUCGUGCUGUGGCUGAGCAGCCCCCGGGGCCUCUCGGAGCAGUCUAUAAAAUGCUUCCCUGAGAACGGUCCAUCCAGAGAGUGGCUGGUCAGAAACAAGCUGACUCCAGGGGGGCUGCGGACCCUCCAUGUGGAUUCUGUCACCAGCCCCAAGACCAAUCUGGACGCAGUCCUUUUGAACAUAAGCUGGGUCCUCAAGCAAGACGGCAGCAUCCAGAUGCUGAAGGCCACCAAGAUUUGUGUGGACGGAAAAGGCCAAUUCUUAACCCACAGCUGCGUGAGAUGCAAUUACACAGAAGUGUUUCAGAGUCAGACCUCACCGGAUGGAGGCAAAUGGGAGUUUCAUUACCUUGGAUUUCCUAUAAAGCCAGAAACCACUUAUUUCAUCAGCGCCCACAAUAUCCCACCUACAAAUAUGAAUGAAGAUAUUACCACCAUAUCUGUGAACUUCACCUCCCCAGGCUGCCUGGACCCAGUGAUGAAGCAUACAAAAAAGUGUCAGGACUAUGGGAGCCUGUGGAGUCCGAACAUCUCUGCGUGUCAGAAGGAGAAGAGCGUGGAGGUGAAUUUCAGUGCCAGCAGCCUUGGGCACCAUUACCAAGUCCUGAUUAUCAGCCACGACGACAUCCUUGGAUACAGCGACACCUUGGAGCUGAACCAGAGCCGGGCAACUGUGAGCAUCCCAGUGACAGCGGAGGAAGGGAAAGGGGCCAUAGUGCAGGUAAGUGGUUUCCCACUCUCCCCCUCCCCUGACUUUGGCUUCCAGCAAAUUCCUCUGCAGACCCCUCUGUGUUCCAGCUUGAGGCACCUUUGUCAAGCUGCUCGGCUGCUGUCCCCUUGCAGGGGUCGGGGUGGGGGUUCUCUAUGCCCCCGGCCCGGGAGCGGGCCCUUCACGGCCACUGCCAGGGUGCCCACCACGGGGCCGGGGGCGCCGGGCCCUGGGGCUGCCCGGGGCCCCCUGGGGCCUGGCUGCCGGGGCCCUUGCCUCGGGCUCACACCCUCGGCCGCGGCGCGCAGGGGCGGCUCCCGCGCGGGCGGGUCCCCGGGCUCUCCUUCCCUGGGCGGCUCCGCGUGCCGGAAAGGCCGCUUCCCCAGGGAGGUCCCCAGGCCUGGCGGCCACCCCGGCGGGCACAAGGGGGCGCCGGCCCAGUCCCGACCAGAGCGCGGCCGGGGGGACAAAGCCGGCCGCUGGGCGGCGCUCAGGGCGCACAUUCACGGCGUGGGUUUGUGGAGAACAAUGUUAGGCGGGCUCCCGGGGGGAGGGGGCCUCCGUGACCCCACGAGGCCCCGGCGCUCAGCUCCCCUUCUCUGGCUUCUGUCCCCAGGAAAGGCCCCUCCCCCCGCGCCCCCGCUCCUCCCGCCCAUGCGGGUGCUCCUGGUGUACCACCCCCAGGCCUGCUUCCGGCACGCCGUCUGCGGCUUCGCCCAGUACCUGCAGGGCCACUGCAGAAGCGACGUGGUCCUCGACCAGUGGCAGAAGAGGCGGGUGGCGGAGAUGGGCCUGGUUCUGUGGCUCACGGCCCAGAGGAAGGAGGCGGACAGGGUCGUGUUCCUCUUCUCCGGCCCGGCAGCGGCGUGUGACGGCUCCUGCGCCCGCCGGGAGAGCGCCCAAGACCUCUUCGCCCUCGCCUUCAACCUCUUCUGCAGCGACCUGAAGAGCCGGGCUUCCCGGGACAAGUACCUGGUGGUGGCGCUCGGGGAGGCCGCCCUGCCGGGGGACCUCGGCGCCCUGGGCGUGUGCCCCAGGUACCAGCUCAUGAAGGAGGCCGGCCCCUUCUGCAGAGACCUGCUCCACCUCUAGCCCUGGGCCCCCGCAGGGACCGCCCGCCCGCCCGCCCCACUGUCCCCGAGAAGCCCAAGGAGACGGCGACCAGGGGAGCCCCGCACUGAGAGGGACGGAGCCCCAGCCCUUGGAGAAGGGGAAGGGGCGGUCAGCUUGGGGGGCUGCGGGCCAGGGGGAGGGGGAGAGAGGCCCGGAGCAGGGAGGGCCCCGGCCCCGGCUCCCGGCCGGAAAACGCUCACUAGGAAGCACGUGAAACUGCUGACCAAACUCAACUCAGAAGCCAGUUACUAUUUCUGCUCCCUGUCACAAAUGUACAUACAGAGUGACAGAUUACUCAUGCACUGCUUCUGGGACACCUGCUCUGUGCCAAAUACCAUAGUGUGUGUGCGUGCGUAGGAUCAUUAUGGCCUUGAAACACAGACUAAGAGACCAACCCAGGGCACUGAUCUAGUUAGACAGAAUAAUCAUCCGGAAGAACAAAAAGCUAGAAUCUCAAGGGAAAAGAUUUCUUAAAAUUGGGAUGAAAUUGUAAAAUAAAUUAGAAUCAAUGGGGAUUAACACUCUUAAAUCUCAAAUUAUAGCACAGAAAGCAGCAGAACAGCAGAUCUGCAAAAUAGCUAGACAAGGCAGAAUCAGAAAUAGAACCUAAAUUAUGCCCCAGCUUCAAAAACUGAGAUGACUUUAAAUUAUUUGGGGGAGGAAUUCCCUAUUUGAUAAGAAUUGCCAAGAAACUAUAGAGUUAUCUGAGAGGGAAUGAACUUGGAUCACUGACUUACAUCAUAUACCACGAGAGAUAAAGAGAUAAAGAACCUUAAUAGUUAAGCUCCCACCAUGCAAAGAUUGGACAAGAACCAGAUCAGGUGCCUUUCACAGGCUAUCAGAGUUCUUAAUUAAAUAAAGAAAUUAUCAUAAAAGAUAAAACACAACAUGAAAAAUGCAAGUAGGAAGCCUGAUUUGGGGAAAAAAAAUCUUUUAAAUGAGCUUUUUCUGAUAAAGAUCUGACAUUCCAAACACGUAGAGAAAUAAUACAAACACAAAGGACAGAAAAAACAGUUCUCCAAAGAUCUGCAAAUUAUUAACCACCAAAUCACUAACAAUAAAAUCAAAACAACUCUCAGAUUUUCCCUUGAACCCAAAAAACUGGCAACUAUUAACUUUAAAUUAGGUCAACCUUUCUGAAGAGCAGCUGGGGAGGAUGCUAGCAGAUGGCUAAUGUGUCCCGUUGCCCAGCAAACAGUCAGACUCAAAGUCCUGAUCACGUGCAAAGAUUCAUGGCCGCGCUGCCGGCGGCAGCACAAAAGUGGCACCAGCGUCGCCACCCAAGGAUCAGGGAAUGGCCGAGUCAGUGGGAGCCCAUAAGGUGGUCAAGCAGGACCACACCUGAGGGCCCAAAAGAAUCACCUGGAGAGAUGCAGAAGGGAGGAAGGUGAACCAGGGGGAAACAACCCAGAGCAACAGAAGGCGUGACAAUGGCCAAACCCAGACGGGCCGCAGUUUCCUGUCCAAGCGAGGGGCUGAUUAGAUUUGCCGAGCUCUUUCAUCUUUCUUGACUCCUUAUAUUUGGGUCUCUGGGAACCUUCAGGAAUGAAGAACAUGUUUUUAAAA